AGAAGUAGUGUGAACUCGAUGCCCUCAAGCAAUUGCAUGUAUUGCAUGCGCGCUUCUGUAAAUGAACGUGUUUCCUCGGAACUUUGACAAGCAUGUUCGCGGCCAGCCAUGUUCGAGAAUGGACGGAUUAAGAGUGUAUUGUAACCAAUUCCCGGCAACGCAUCCGUUUGAGAAAGGAGGCGGCUUCGAUUACGCCGCUGCAAGUACAAUGCGUCGCCCGUCCACAAGCGUCAACCCUAAAUGCAGCCCACGGAGCCAUCUGCCUGACCGCGCGUAUAAGGCUACAUGGAACUUCGCUCACAAUUCAAGCUGCUUACCAACACUGUGCACCAGCGCGGCGAAUGCCCGCCCGAGCGCGGCAUGCUCCGCCAGUCCGGCCACUCCAGCCCUCUCCACAGCUCCUCAACCUGCAUCAGCCCACCGCGACCCCUCAUCUAAAGCCCGACCUUUCCAUGCUAACAAAUCUAGCCCCAGCAGCCACACCACCUUAUCCGACUCGGCACUCCUGCGCUACGAGCGUGAAGGCUUCUUAGUAACACGCCAACUGCUGCAAACCCAACAGGUCGAGGCUCUGAAAGGCAGCUGUGAGGCGGAGGUCGCAGCUCGGCGGCUGGAUUCUCUGCGUCACCGCGUCCGUGUGUUGUGUCCGGGUAUCAAUCCUGCGACCUUGGCGACCGAGGCAGCGGCCCGGGCGGCGCUGGCGGCCCAAGCCACGGACGACCUGGGCUUCCUGCAGUUCUUCAACCUGCACCGAAGUAACGAGGAUGUCGCACGGGUGGCGUUGGGUCCGGAGUUGGCGGCUGUGGCUGCGCAGUUGCUGGGGGCUCGCCGCGUGAGAGUGUACCAGGACUGCCUCUUCCUUAAGGAGCCGGGCUUUGCGGAAACCAACUGGCACAGUGACCUGCGCAUGGCUCCCCUGGACACCAACCAACUGGUAACCGCCUGGAUCCCGUUGCGCCCUAUCGGAGGGGCAGCGGGCGGUGCUGGAAGCAGUAGCGGUGAUGGUGGUGGACGGAAGAGGAAGAAGGCGCAGCAGGCGGCAGGAGAUUCGGGCCUCAUCUUUGCGACUGGGUCUCACCGCGAUUUCGCGCUGCCGUUUUGGCAUGACAUGGAGGGACGAGACUUGUCGGACCGGGGAUACCCCAUCAAGGACACGGGCCCCAUGCAGGUGGGCGAUGUGAGCUGGCACCACGGCUGGACACUCCACUGCGCGGCACCGCAGCCGCCCGGCACACCGCCGCGACUGGCCCUCACUGUCGCCUUCUUCGCCGACGGAGCCCGGCUACUGUCCCGCCGCUCCGACCCCUCCCUGCGUCCUGAACUGCUUCACGAUGAGGACGCGGAGAGCUACGCGGCCUGGUUGCCUGCGCUGACAGCGGGGGCAGGGGGCGGAGGCGGCGGCAGCAAGGGGGGACAACGGGUUGAUGGGGCGGUGGCGCGGCACCGGUUGCUGCCUGUGGUGUGGCCGCUGCAGGCGAGUGAGGCGGGGGAUUUCCCGUUGACAAGCGCAUGAUGGGUGAUGAGUGUUGAGGAGGGUUGUGCAAGAUCGUUUGAUAACCCGUGCGCAUGUGCAUGCUGGGGAAGGUGACCCAUGGUUUUCUAAGUCAUGUCCCAUUACCGGUACUUCAAAUCCAGCUGAAUGGUGCGCUGGGUCCCUUCGAUCCCGCCUGGGAAGGGCGGUUAUAGCGGCUAGCAGUUCGCGGUUGGCAGGAUGCCAGGAUAUGCAGUAGCUUGCAUUUAUUUAUAGCUCGAGUCAUGCCAUGGACUUAAUACGGGGAUAUGGGUAUGAAGAGUUACAAGGAUGAUUAUGCUAUGUCGAUGAAACGUCUUACUUGGCAAUAAUCAUGGUUGUUUAUCCGCACUUGUUGGGAAUGUACCCCUCCGUCCAUUGGUCUGGGCUAGCGCUAUUAUACUGCUUUUGUCAUCCGUACAUGCCCCAAACAAACAUACCACGCAAGAGAGAUGGCACAAACGCUGUUCCUUCUUUAUACGGUACAGCCGCAUACGGUAAUUUGGUAGAUGCGCAUGUGCUCACUGUGCCUCCCCAAAUACACAUGUCGGUACACAGACCGGUAUACUGUUGCUACCGAUGACAAUCGAUGUCCAUCUAUUUCUUCUUAUUAUGUUCUAAUUGCAACCAUACUCUCGGGGCACACAUAGCGGCAUAGGAGCAUGCCUAAAUGUAAUAUGCUUCAGCCAG